AUGGCUCUAGUGUGGAUCAUGCUGCUGUUUUGUGUAUGUAUUUGUGUGUGUGUUCCUGCUGGAUACGAUGGAGCACCGGUUAUUUCAAACCACAGUGAGCAAGAGCUUGAGGUGGUGAGCAUGAGGAUCGACUGUAAAGUGGCAUCACGUUUUGCCCACACAAUUGUGACUACUGUGGCUCUGAACAAGGCUAACAUGUCUAAGGAAGCAUUUUUUGACAUGGAGUUACCCAAGACUGCCUUCAUCACCAACUUCACCAUGGAGACUGAAGGUCGGGUUUACGUGGGUGAGGUAAAGGAGAAAGAAAAAGCUAAGAAGCAGUAUGAGAAAGCUGUAUCCACAGGGCAGACUGCUGGCCUGGUAAAGGCUUCAGGGAGGAAGAUGGAGAUGUUCUCCAUGUCAGUCAACGUUGCUGCCAACAGUAAUGUCACAUUUGUACUUACUUAUGAGGAGCUGCUCCAGCGACGUCUUGGCACCUACGAGAUGAUGAUCCGUGUUAAACCCAAAGAGUUGGUUCAGCACUUUGAGAUUGUUGCAGAUGUCUAUGAACCACAGGGUAUUACUUUCCUGGAUGUCAAUGCCACGUUUAUCACAAAUGAACUGCUUCCCCUGGUACAGAAAACUGUCACUGAUAAAAAGGCACACGUGUCCUUCUGCCCAACACUGGAGCAGCAGAAAACAUGUCCUGACUGUGCCAACACACUGAUUGAUGGUGAUUUCUUCAUCAAAUAUGAUGUGAACCGUGCAGAGCGUCUUGGUGAUAUUCAGAUAGUAAAUGGGUACUUUGUACACUUUUUUGCCCCAGAUGAUUUGGCAAAAAUACCAAAAAGUGUUGUGUUUGUGUUAGAUGUCAGUACAUCCAUGAAGGGAACCAAAAUACAGCAGACCCAAGAAGCACUAGAGACCAUUCUAAAUGACUUACAUGAAGAAGACUACUUUACAUUGGUUUUGUUUGAUAAUACCGUUGAUCCUUGGUCACCCUCACUAAAAAAAGCUACACAGGAGAAUGUGGAAGAAGCUAAGGAUUUUGUCAAAACAAUGCAGGCUGAAGGCGGCACCGAUAUAAACUCUGCAGUCAUGAAAGCAGUGGAGAUUCUAAUUAAUGAUACGAAAAACAACUUGCUUCCUGAGGAAAGCGCAUCCAUGGUGGUCCUACUGACUGAUGGAAAUCCAACUCAUGGUGAGACAAAUAGACAAAGGAUCCAGGAGAAUGUGCAUCAUGCUAUUAACGGGACUAUGAGUCUGUUCUGCCUGGGUUAUGGCUAUAACCUUGACUAUGGUUUCUUGGAUGCGAUGGCCAGGCAGAACAAUGGUCUGGCCAGAAGAAUCUACGAGGCUUCAGAUGCUGCUCUUCAGCUACAGGGUUUCUAUGAUGAAGUGGCUAGCCCACUAUUGUUGGAAGUGGACAUGCAUUACCCAGAGAACAUGGUGAAUUCAUUAACUGAGAGCCACUUUAAGCAGCUCUUCAGCGGCUCCGAAAUCGUGGUCGCUGGGCGUCUGAUUGACACAAAGAUGAACGGCUUUCUGAUUGAAGUGUCUGCGCAGGGGGUGGAUGAGGAGUUCACAGUCCACGGUUGGGCCAGUGCUACAGAGUGGGAUAUUAUAUAUACUGAGGAUGAAUACAUCUUUGGAGACAUCACUGAGCGUCUGUGGGCAUACCUGACUAUACAACAGCUCUUGGAUAAGAGAGACAUAGGCACACCUGAGGAGAGGGAGAAUUUUACUGCUGAGGCCUUGGACCUCUCCCUGCGUUACAGCUUUGUCACCCCACUCACCACCAUGGUGAUCAAUAACCCACAGACUGACAAACAGGGAGAUUACAUGCUCAUUGCAGACAAACUGACUGAAGAUCAGAGGCAACCUACAAGUCAGGGUUACUAUGCUCCGCCCACUCCUCAGCUGACCCAGCAUUCCAACAGGUACAGUCAGUCCAUCAAUUUUGCGGACGGAGAUCCACACAUUAUUGUUGAGCUGCCGGAACAGAACGAUGCUCUCUGCUUUAAUGUUGAUAGCACACCAGGGUCCAUCUUCAACCUGUUGAGGGACCCAAAGUCAGGUAUUUUUGUCAAUGGGCAAACAAUAGAAAAUAAGAAGGCUGACAGGGGCAGCCAGGUGAAUACCUAUUUUGGGCGUUUUGGGAUUAUUCAUGAAAAUCUGGGUGUCAAACUGAUGGUGAGCACAAAGGAGAUUGUCAUAUCUGAGAGUGACGAACAGAUAAAGCUCGUCUGGUCUGAUACCGCCUCCAUCAAGGGACCAAAUAUGGAUGUGCGGCUCACUAAGGACCGGACUCUGACAGUGACCCUUAGGAACUCUGUGAAAUUUGUCAUCAUCCUCCACAAAGUGUGGGAAAAACAUCCGUACCAUCAGGACUUCCUGGGCUUCUACACCCUGGACAGCCACCUCCUCUCCCCCUCUGUUCAUGGCCUGCUUGGACAGUUUUACCAUGGUGUGAAGUUUGAGGUGAGUGAUUUAUACGAAGGGCAGGAUCCAGACAAACCAGAUGCCACCAUGUUUGUGAAAGGACAUGAGCUCAGAGUGAAUAGAGGAUGGAGGCGAGACUUCAGACAUGACAUAAAGAAUGGAGAGAAUGUGCCCUGCUGGUUCAUUCAUAACAAUGGCAAAGGAGUCAUCGAUGGAACCGUCUCAGACUACAUUGUCUCUGGGCUCUUUAAGACCAUCUGAGUGGCAGCAUUAAUU